AUGAGUUUUAGCAAUGGUCGUAGCUUGGACAUUCCCCAAUCAGAUUCAGUUCAAGGCGUUGAAUACGGUUUUGGUUACCGUACCCAGUUUGACGAUGGUGCUACUUCUACCGUCGUCUUCGUAUCAGGACCAGAUUCCAAAAAAAUGAACUUGUUGAGAAGUAGGAAGCCCGAGGCUAGGAAAUUAGCUUCCGAUAUUUUGGACGCCAAAACGAGCGAGGAGAAAAAUGAAAAAAUCAACCUCGCCCUAUCCAACGACAUUCCUGGGUUUAAUUUUGACGCUCUUGUCGAAGCUUUUCCCGAUUUCAAACCCCUGGAAGAACAUGGCACUGGAGUAGUUCAUCUUUUCAGUCAUCCCGCUAACGUUUUUCCACUAUCUACUCCAACACAAACUACGACCAGCAUUCCCGAGACUACCCCAACUUCUGAUUCAGCCAGCAACGAUGAUCCUGAGAGCAUAGCUGUGGAGAGUGCCGAUAAUGACACGCCACUGGCUCGAACGAACGAAAAUUCAGAAAAAGAUAAGGAAGCUGAGAGUAUUAUUCAGGAAACAAAGGUCAGGAUUGACGAAAUCCAGAAUCGUAACUCUGGAGAGCAAUCGUCAACUGAGAGCUAUUCUUCGACAAGUAGCACAUCCAGUGAGUCACCAAACACCACUAGCAAAAACGAAGAAGAACAAGAAACCACCACUCAACAAUAGUCAGUCUUCAACUGAUAAAAUCUAGGUUCAUUUCAGGGUGCAUUCAUCAUAUUUAUCUUUAUAGUUAUUUCAUUCCACUUUAUCUUGAACAGAAUGGAUCGAAAGAAUGCAGAACAUUAUUUUUGGUGCGGAAUUGUGGUAUUUUUUUCUCAAUCUUUUACGGUGAUUUAUAAAAAAAAACAUCUCAGAAAUCGGAUCAUAUGUAUAUUGUGUAUUAUAUUGGCCAUUUGAAUUAAAUUGAUUGAAUACCUUCGAUAUUUUUGCUCUUUCUUGUUCUGAUUCUUAAUUUUCUCAUUGAUAUAUUUUUCUAUUCAUUGUUUUUUACCUAAACUUAUCUGAAGAAUGACUACACUCUCUGUACAGUAUUGUCAUCACUUUCUAAGUACCUAUUCUAAAUCUUCAUCAAUGUUUGUCAAAUCUUCCAUCUUUUCAGAUGUCAAUUUUUUAGUUGAUUUAUCUUUAUACUUCAGGAAGUUUGAUGUAUUAUUAAGGGUGUAUUGAACUUUUACGCUGUUUUGCAAUUUCAGUUUUUCUUCAUUGAAUCCACUAACUCAAGUUUUAUUCAUUGAAUCAAUAUUUUUUAUUUUUCGAUAAAUAUUUUCUUUGUAGAAAAAUAAGAAGAUAUAUAUACAAUAAACAAUAUCCAGUUGACUUGGGAAUUUUCAGCGUUUACCAAGUUCAAUGUACAAAGACUCAAAUGUAAAUAUUUAGUUAAAAUGUAGUGAUUUAGCGAGUUGUAGGAAAAAUUUCAAUAAAAUAUUGAAAUAUAUAA